CACACAGACCAGCCGCCGGCCGCGCCGCGUAACGACGGCGCCCGAGCGGGAAGCUCUACUGCGCGCGUCCGGCAACGGCGCGGGAAGCGCCCGGCGGCUGCAGGCGGGGGCCGGCAGACGGACAGCGGCUGCGGGGUGGCGGGGGAGCAUGCCCGCGCAGCCCCGCUGAAUGGCGUCUUCUUUGCGACCUCUCGCUUGGCUGCGGUCGCCAGGGAUGCUGCUCCGCGCACUCGUGCUCCUGAUGCUCCUCGGCUCUGUUCCAGGAGUGUGGUGCUUUAGUGAACUGUUUUUAAGAAAAGAACCAGAGGAUGUAACUGUUACAAGAAAGGACCCAGUCGUUUUAGAUUGCCAGGCUCAUGGAGAAAUUCCUAUUAAGAUCACAUGGUUGAAAAAUGGAGCAAAAGUGUCUGAAAAUAAACGGAUUCAGGUUCUGUCUAAUGGCUCUUUAUAUAUCACUGAGGUGGAAGGCAAGAGAGGAGACCACUCGGAUGAAGGAUUUUAUCAGUGCUUGGCAAUGAACAAAUAUGGAGCCAUUCUUAGUCAAAAAGCUCAUCUUACCUUAUCAACUAUUUCUGCAUUUGAAGUUCAGCCAAUUUCUACUGAAGUCCAAGAAGGAGGAGUUGCUAGAUUUGAAUGUAAGAUUUCUUCAAACCCUCCUGCAGUUAUAACAUGGGAAUUAAAUCGGACAACUCUUCCUAUAGCUGUGAACAGGAUAACUGCCCUACCAACAGGGGCAUUGCAGAUCCAUGAUGUUGUUCAGGGGGAUGCUGGGAAUUACCGCUGUGUUGCUGCUACUGGAGCCCACAGACGUAAAAGUAUGGAGGCCUCUCUGACAGUGAUUCCAGCUAAGGAAUCUAAAUCAUUUCACACACCAACCAUUAUAGCAGGUCCACAGAAUGUAACGACGUCUCUUCAUCAGACAGUGGUUUUGGAAUGUAUGGCCACAGGAAAUCCCAAACCAAUAAUUUCUUGGAGCCGAUUUGAUCACAAGUCCAUUGAUGUCUUUAAUACUCGAGUACUUGGAAAUGGUAAUCUCAUGAUAUCCAAUGUCAAGCUGCAACACGCUGGAGUAUAUGUUUGUCGGGCCACUACCCCAGGCACACGCAACUUUACAGUUGCCACGGCAACUUUAACUGUACUAGCUCCUCCUUCAUUUGUUGAAUGGCCAGAAAGUUUAACGAGACCUCGAGCUGGCACUGCUCGAUUUGUAUGCCAGGCUGAAGGAAUCCCCUCACCCAAAAUGUCAUGGUUGAAAAACGGAAGGAGGAUACAUUCAAAUGGUAGAAUUAAAAUGUACAACAGUAAACUGGUAAUUAACCAGAUUAUUCCUGAAGAUGAUGCUAUUUAUCAAUGCAUGGCUGAGAAUAGCCAAGGAUCUAUAUUGUCUAGAGCCAGACUGACUGUAGUGAUGUCAGAAGACAGACCUAGUGCUCCCUAUAAUGUGCAUGCUGAAACCAUGUCAAGUUCAGCCAUCCUUUUAGCUUGGGAGAGGCCACUUUAUAAUUCAGACAAAGUCAUUGCUUAUUCCGUGCACUACAUGAAAGCAGAAGGUUUAAAUAAUGAAGAGUAUCAAGUAGUCAUUGGAAAUGAUACAACUCAUUAUAUUAUUGAUGACUUAGAACCUGCCAGUAAUUAUACUUUCUACAUAGUGGCAUAUAUGCCAAUGGGAGCCAGCCAGAUGUCUGAUCAUGUGACACAGAAUACUCUAGAGGAUGUUCCCCUGAGACCUCCUGAAAUUAGUUUGACAAGUCGAAGUCCCACAGAUAUUCUCAUCAACUGGCUGCCAAUCCCAGCUAAAUAUAGAAGGGGCCAAGUGGUGCUCUAUCGCCUGUCCUUCCGCCUGAGUACCGAGAAUUCCAUCCAAGUUCUGGAACUCCCAGGGACCACGCAUGAGUACCUUUUGGAGGGCCUGAAGCCUGAUAGUGUCUACCUGGUCCGGAUUACUGCUGCCACCAGAGUGGGACUGGGAGAGUCAUCCGUGUGGACAUCACAUAGAACACCCAGAGCUACAAGCGUGAAAGCUCCUAAAUCUCCAGAGUUACAUUUGGAGCCUAUGAACUGUACCACUAUUUCUGUGAAGUGGCAGCAAGAUGCUGAGGACACAGCAUCCAUUCAGGGCUAUAAGCUGUACUACAAAGAAGAAGGGCAGCAAGAGAAUGGACCCAUUUUCUUAGAUGCCAGUGAUCUUCUCUAUACUCUCAGUGGUUUAGACCCCAGGAGAAAAUACCAUGUGAGGCUGCUGGCUUACAACAACAUAGAAGAUGGUUAUCAGGCUGAUCAGACGGUCAGCACACCUGGAUGUGUGUCUGUUCGUGAUCGCAUGGUUCCUCCUCCACCACCACCCCACCAUCUCUAUGCGAAGGCUAACACCUCAUCUUCCAUCUUCCUGCACUGGAGGAGGCCUGCGUUCACCACUGCACAAAUAAUUAACUACACCAUCCGUUGUAACCCUGUCGGCCUGCAGAAUGCUUCUUUGGUUCUGUACCUUCAAACAUCAGAAACUCAAAUGUUGGUACAAGGUCUAGAACCAAACACCAAAUAUGAAUUUGCUGUUCGAUUGCAUGUGGAUCAGCUUUCCAGUCCCUGGAGCCCUAUAGUCUACCAUUCUACACUCCCAGAAGCACCAGCAGGUCCACCUGUUGGAGUGAAAGUUACACUGAUAGAGGAUGACACCGCUCUGGUUUCUUGGAAACCUCCUGAUGGCACAGAGACAGUUGUGACACGCUAUACCAUCUUGUAUGCAUCUAGGAAGGCCUGGAUAGCCGGAGAGUGGCAAGUCCUACACCGAGAAGGAGCGAUAACCAUGGCUUUGCUAGAAAACUUGGUAGCAGGAAAUGUGUACAUUGUGAAGAUAUCUGCAUCCAAUGAGGUGGGAGAAGGACCCUUUUCAAAUUCUGUGGAGCUGGCGGUACUUCCAAAGGAAACUUCUGAAUCAAAUCAGAGGCCCAAGCGUUUAGAUUCUGCUAACGCCAAAGCUUAUUCAGGCUAUUAUCAUCUGGACCAAAAAUCAAUGACUGGCAUUGCUGUAGGCGUUGGCAUAGCCUUGACCUGCAUCCUCAUCUGUAUUCUCAUCUUGAUAUACCGAAGCAAAGCCAGGAAAUCAUCUGCUUCUAAGCCUGCACAGAAUGGAACUCAGCAGUUAUCUCGUACCGGUGUCUCCUUAGCCAGUGGGAAUGAAAUAGGGAAGCGCCUGGAAGGAGCUACAGAAAACCAAGAGUCCUUAAUGCCAAUGAUCAUGCCAAAUAGCUUCAUUGAUGCAAAGGGAGGAACUGACCUGAUAAUUAAUAGCUAUGGUCCUAUAAUUAAAAACAACUCUAAGAAAAAAUGGCUUUUUUUCCAGAACUCUAAGAAGUUAAAAGUUGAGCAGCCUCAAAGAUUUUCUCAAGCGGUCUGCUUUUACCAGCCAGGCACUACUGUGUUAAUCGGUGAUGAAGACUCCCCCAGUUCCCCAGGUCAGACAGCCAGUUUCCUGAGACCUUUUGGGGUAGCAGCUGAUACUGAGCAUUCAGCAAAUAGUGAAGGCAGCCAUGAGACUGGGGAUUCUGGAAGGUUCUCUCAUGAAUCCAAUGAUGAGAUCCACCUGUCCUCAGUUAUAAGUACCACACCCCCGACCUCUGAUUCCUUCACUGGCAGUGAUUCAGGUGGGGAUCCCGUGAUGAAGCAAUGUGAAGAUCCUGCAAGUGCCAUCAUUUGCUGAGCAGACUUCCUCUUCAGUUCUGCAGCCACCAUCAUCUGCCAUGCUAUGUUUUGAUAAAAAUGAGUUUCCAAUCUAGACAGCCAUGUUCAGGUGUCCUCACCCAUAAGUCUGUUCGAAGGACAAUGAACAGAGAGCCAAAGCCUUUUGUGAAAAUGUUGUCUUAUUGCAUAUUUCAAAUUUUUUUGAAUGUGUUUUGCUUUUUAUUUUUAAACUCACAUAUUUUGAAUGUUUCAUUGUCAGUAAUGUGAAAGGACAGUCAAGAUCUAUGACUGGAUUAUAAAAUAUGUCACUGGAGCAAAGGGAAGACUUUUGAAAGCCCCUUUGCUGACUAUCUACCUCAGUUUGCCAGAUGGCAAACUCUGAAGACAACUUGUUACCUCAUCUGUUCUUACAGUUUAUGUCAGCUACAAAACCAAUGAUACUUCCUACUAGCAUAUUGUUUUCAUUGCUGUAUGUGUAAUAUGUUUGAUCUAAGGAGUCGUAUCGGUAGAUGAGUAAGAAUGUUUAUCUGAAGCUCUGAUUUUUAAAAAAAACUAUGGCAUCUUUCAUGGUUUGGGUAAUUUAACACCUCUGACUGUGAAGACUGGUGAACCACUAAAAAGAAAAAUGUGGGACAAUUUGUUUUAAUGAAUGACCCAAACAAAAAAGAUUAUCGUUUGAGAACAGAACUAUUCUGUAGUACAAGAGUCUGAGUGCUUUAUCUGCUGUUUCCCAUACCUCAACCUGCCUGGAGCCGUGCCUUUUCUACCUUUGGCUGACAGUUGACCAAAGGUUAGUACUGUCUAGUUUGCAAAGCAUACUCAACUUUUCCAGUGUUAGUUACAAACCCCCAUGUGGAAAAUGGAUUUUUAAAGAUAAUGAGUUAGGGUUUUCAUGUUGUUUUUGUUUCUGUUUUUUGUUAAUUCCAGCUUGGCUGAAAGGGGUGAAGAAAUUUCAUGCAAUAUUAAGAAUGAAGAUAAAUGCAACAUUAGACAGUAAAAUGAACUUAAGGUUACCAUAGUAACAGUGCCUUCCAGUAUAUAUUAUGAAAUUCUUUGCCUUAUACCUGUUUAAUAUUCAUGAAGUUAUUUAGGAUAGGAGUACAAAAAGUUGCCUUAAGAGUCUCUUGGAUUUUAUCAAAAACUAUUUGAUGUAUGGAAUCUUACCAGAGUUGUUUUUUUAGAGUGCAGUUGUUUCGGGAUAAGUAUUCAGAACUGUACCACUCUACCUGUUUUUUCUUGAGUUCUUGAAAGAAUUUGGUACUCAUAAUUUAAUCUUCCUUCAGUGUCAAUGCUGUGAAUGAGGAAUGCUAACUCCAGGAGUGAGUUAGUCUUCUUGCUGCUUUGAAAUCAGCAAACUGUUUACUCAGCCAGUUGUGAGACAGUCACCUACUGGAUGCUAAGCAGUAUGAGUAGAUAAAGAAUUAAAGAUGUGUGGAGAGGGGCCCCAUAUCCUUUUAAAAGUAUUUUAUCAUAUUAUCUGGAAAUUACUUUCAAGCCUCAUUUUAAAAAGGAACCUUAAUGGGUUUCCCCUUGAAACCUUUUCUUUAUGUAGGGGGUCAUGUUGAAUGGUACUCUAAAAUGAAAAGGUCGUUGCUGAACAAUAGUGCCUCCUCUCUCAUCUCCUAUCCCAAUGACUGAUGAUAAAAGAUUUUGUUCAGUUUUUUAAUCUGUAGUUUUGUUUCUAUCUGGAUGUGUUCAGAAGCAGACCAACAUUAAGUGCCAGCAACCACUUCUGAACUGAAUUCAGAGUCUUCCAUAUUUAAGCAUGGGCUUCACGGCAAAACAAAAAAAGCAGAGCUUUAGGUGAACAAUCUGAGGCAAGGAAAAAUGCUGCUCCUGCCUUUAUAGCUCCUGUUUUAUACUACCUCCUUUUAAAGUUAUUCUAGUGUUAUUUUUUUUUCCUGUACUCAGGGAACCUUUGUUAUUUUGAGCUGCCUCAUGGAAGCAUGGGCAAAUUGACAGGGUAUGGCGUUUUGGUUCAUAAGUAGAAGUUUAUAGGGCCAACUUUUAUCAGUAUAAAAUUAAGAGGUACAAUGAGGUCAUUUUAUUUUCUAAACUUUCAUUAAAAGCCAGAAAUAAAAAUCUAAAGCUAAAAUCAUCAUCCAUCAUGGUUAUGGAAGAUGUAUCUAGAACUGUUUGAAUUUGAAUAGUUUUAAAAGCCUAAAAAGAUGAUCUGGUCCUUGAAGAAGGUAGUUUGUUUGGUUUUUGAUGAAUAGGCCCAUAGUUAUUGUAGAUCUUUAGGCUAUAACUAUUUGUAAUUAUUUACCAGAACAUUUUUUCACCUUUUCGUUUUGUUGUUAUACAGACUUUUUCAUAAUAAUCCUAUUACCAAAGAAUGUUCAAUAGAAAAUGAAAAUUUGAAUAUAAUUUCCUCCCUCCAAAAUGAAUUAACUAGAAACAUCUAGUAGGUAUGAAGCUUACACAAGUAGUUACUAACCCAAAACAAUAGGGUUUAUAUUGAUUAUUGUAGUUAAUUAAAUAGACUAGUAAUUUCAACUACCUUAUUGUUACCAGAGCAUUUAAAAUAAGUGAUAAUACUUUACCAGCAGAUAAUUCCAAAGACUUUCAAGUGUUAAUUUUUUUUUUCUUCAGCAAGUAAAUCUUCAACUAUACAGUAUUAAAGUAUUUUUAAAUGAUUGAAACUGCUUGUUGGAGAGAAAAAAAAAAGUGUUUUCACCAAAGAUAUAUAUUUUGGUCAAAUUGAAUAAGAUAUUUAGUGUACAGCAAAGACUUCUUUCUACUUGGCUAAAGCAAGCUUCUUUGAAGACUUAAGUAUGAAAUUUUAACCAAAAUCUGAAAGUUGUCACUCAUCUCUCCAUGGUGUUACUUCAGGGCAUUUCACUCCAAAAGGGCUAAUAUGCAAAUGGUAACUAUUUUCUUUUCCAAAGACUUGUUUGCUGUGAGUACUGAAACAUGCAUGUCAUUUUUAUGCCAAAUAUUACAGAAUACUGCUCAUCAGUAUUUUCAUACCAAAGACCAUUAAAAUAUAUAGGUUAACCUAUAAGUAAUUAAAGAUGAGCAGAUUUGAAAUAAUUUAUUUAGAGGCUGAUAGGGAUCUAGCUUUAGUAACAAAAGAUAUCAAAGGGCUAAGUUUACAUAAUUAAUAGCAAUACAGUUAUAUCGGUAUUUAUCAGUGUUUUUGUUCAAGUACUUUUUAUCAGCAAAUAAAAAAAAACCAAAGAUAUUUAAAGUUACCUCUGCAUGUAGACAAAUUUAGUUGUAUAUUAAGCUGUUGUUUUGUUUUUAUGUUACCCAAACAUGUUUCUCCAGAACCCAGCCUCCCAACCGGUGUACCAAUAGCACACAUAGGGACUUUCCAUUAAAUCUGCUGAUUCAGCCACAGGAUGUUUUUGCCAAAUGUAGAGUGAUACUUUCCUAAGCAUCUUGAGUGUGAGAUGUCAACAGAAAUAUCACCAGACGUUCCCAUUGCAGAACAUUAGGGCAACCUCUGAAUUAGCCAGUGUGGUUUUCUUCCUGCUUAAAGCAUUACCUUGUUAACACAGAAGGCUGGAGGCAUUUCCUUAAUAAUGGGGAUAUUUCCAUCUUUGGGAAGCAACAGGAAUAUAACAGCCAAACAACUUAUAUCAUGUAUCACUGGGCUGUGCUUUGAUAGAUGUGCUCUUUAAAGUUGUCCAUAAAUUGAAAUAUUUUAAUUGCUUCGAAUAUCCUGGUACUUCCAAUUUUAGUGGAACCUAAAUUUUAGUGGUAAAGUAAAAUCUUUUUUAUGAGAUCUGGAGUUUUAUAUUUUGAUUAGCCCAAAAGUACAGAUGCAGCUUUAUCCACUAAGUGACUUUAAAAAAAAAACAGCUUUAGCACACUAAGGAAUUAGAUCCAUUGUGAAAUGCUGUACAUUUAUUUGCCUUUGCUUCAAGCAAGAGCAUUUCCAGCAUUGGGAACAAUGACACUGAUUUGCAUCUGUUUGCCUUGACUUCGCAAAGGAUUUCUGCCUGAAAUAUGCUCUGGUUGACAACUCAGAAUCAUUCCUAAUCAAGUCCAUGUGAAGACACCAUUGGAAACAAUUCAGAGCACAUCACAAAAAAUAUGGAAUUGAAAGUAUCAUUUUUUAAAAAAUGCAAGAAGACUCAGAUGUGGUUUCACUUCAGCAAUGGCUGUAGUGAUUCAUUUAUAUACAUUUAUGGUCUGUUAAAUAUAAAUGUGAAUACUGAAUAUUUUAAAACAAAGAAAAGGUCCACCUAUGGUGAAAGGUCAUGUUCUUUCUAAAAUUAAACGUAUUUUUGCAGACUUUGUUCCUAAUGAUUUGCUACAUGGGUCUCUGAUAAAUUUGCUUUGGUUUAAUAGUCAAAAUAAUUUUUGUGGACUGCGAGCACAGAGUACAGGGUUCUGGAGAUCACCAUAUAAAUCCAGCUGUCUGUGAAUUUUUUUGAUGUUUAGAAAAACAUAACCAUAGAAUUCUGUGUUAAGUUGAAUUAUGCUCAGGACGCAGAUCACAGGCUAAUGCAAUGUAUGUAUUUGCAGGCUUUAAUCUUCUCAGGCAGUUUCUCUUUUUAAACCUUUUAAUGACAGUCUUGCAUUUUUACCAGACAGAUACUUUAUUGUUUUCCUAUUGCUGCUGUAACAAAUUACCACAAACAUAGUGGCUUAAAACAAUGCAAAUUUAUUAUCUUAAGAGUUCUGUAGGUCAGAAGUCUGGGCUGCAUCCCUUCUAGAAGCUCUAGGAUGAAUUCGUUUCCUUGACUCUUUCAGUUUCCGGAGGUUAUGGCCCCUUUCCUCAGUCUUCAAAGCAGCAUCAUAGCAUCUCUCUGAUCCUGCUUCCAUCCUCACAUCUCUUUCUCUGACCCCAGCUGAGAAAGGUUUUCUGAUUCUGAGGAGUUGUAUGAUUAGAUUGGGUUCUCUCUCCAUUGCAAGGUCGUUGAUCACAUCUGCAAAGUCCCUUUUGCCAUGUAAGGUAACAGUCACAGGUUCCAGGGAUCAGGGCACUGACAU